AUGUACACGCUGCAGAUUGGAAGGGACGCUGGUAGUUUUGGGGAACUUUGUAGGAGUUUCUGACAUUGCAUUGAUGUCUCCUUUGUUUGAGUUAUGCUUUCAAGAAAGAAAAGCAAAAACGAAGCGUCGAAACCGGCCGAGGUACACGGGAAAUACGUCAAGAAGGAGACAUCACCACUACUGAGAAGUAAGUUGGUUAUCUAACUAGUUUAGCUAACUAAAUCAAAUAAAAUGUUAUCGGUCACGUACACAUAUUUGGCAGAUGUUAUUGUGAGUGUAGCGAAAUGCUUGUGUUCCUUGCUCCAACAUUGUAGAAGUAUCUAACAAUUCACAACAAUACAAACAAAUAUAAAAGUAAAAGAAUGGAAUUAAGAAAUACAUAAAUAGCAAUGUCGGAAUGGCAUUGGCUAAAAUACAGUAGAAUACAGUAACGUUAUAUACAUAUGAAAUGAGUAAAGAGUAUGUAAACAUGAUUAAAGUGACUUGUGUUCCAUUAUUAAAGUGACCAGUGAUUCCAUGUCUAUGGUACAUAGUAAAGGGCAGCAGCCUCUAAGGUGCAGGUUGAGGAACCGGGUGGUAGCCGGGGCAGCAGGGUUGAGGAACCGGGUGGUAGCCGGGGCAGCAGGGUUGAGGAACCGGGUGGUAGCCGGGGCAGCAGGGUUGAGGAACCGGGUGGUAGCCGGGGCAGCAGGGUUGAGGAACCGGGUGGUAGCCGGGGCAGCAGGGUUGAGGAACCGGGUGGUAGCCGGGGCAGCAGGGUUGAGGAACCGGGUGGUAGCCGGGGCAGCAGGGUUGAGGAACCGGGUGGUAGCCGGGGCAGCAGGGUUGAGGAACCGGGUGGUAGCCGGGGCAGCAGGGUUGAGGAACCGGGGUGUAGCCGGGGCAGCAGGGUUGAGGAACCGGGUGGUAGCCGGGCAGCAGGGUUGAGGAACCGGGUGGUAGCCGGGGCAGCAGGGUUGAGGAACCGGGUGGUAGCCGGGGCAGCAGGGGUUGAGGAACGGGUGGUAGCCGGGGCAGCAGGGUUGAGGAACCGGGUGGUAGCCGGGGCAGCAGGGUUGAGGAACCGGGUGGUAGCCGGGGCAGCAGGGUUGAGGAACCGGGUGGUAGCCGGGGCAGCAGGGUUGAGGAACCGGGUGGUAGCCGGGGCAGCAGGGUUGAGGAACCGGGUGGUAGCCGGGGCAGCAGGGUUGAGGAACCGGGUGGUAGCCGGGGCAGCAGGGUUGAGGAACCGGGUGGUAGCCGGGGAAGCAGGGUUGAGGAACCGGGUGGUAGCCGGGGCAGCAGGGUUGAGUAGCCGGGGAAGCAGGGUUGAGGAACCGGGUGGUAGCCGGGGCAGCAGGGUUGAGGAACCGGGUGGUAGCCGGGGCAGCAGGGUUGAGUAGCCGGGGAAGCAGGGUUGAGGAACCGGGUGGUAGCCGGGGCAGCAGGGUUGAGGAACCGGGUGGUAGCCGGCUAGUGUUAGUCUCUUCGUUAAACACUUUUUUUUUCUCCAAUUCACACGUUUUUGGUCAUAUGAUGAUACCCAAGCAUAAUACGUUUGGUGAACUUUAUUAUACUAUCAAAUACUUACUGUGGCUUCUACGUGGCUAACUAGCAUCUAGCUUGCUAGCGUUAGCCAAAGUUGAGCUAUGCAGCUAGCUAGCUCUGGUCCAUAGCGUUACACGCGGCUCUUGAGCCUUCUUCUCAACGCCCUGUAUCUCUCCAUUCAUUCAUCCAAUGUGGAUUUCCCCCGCUGAUUUUGUCAAGUGACAGGCUUCAGUACAGUUUCGUUACCCACCAAUGUGAAGAUGUUGCUGGAGUGUUGACUAACUUACUUUCUGUAUGCGCUAACUGUCCAUAGCAUGCGCAUGGCCAACUCAAUUUCAAAAUACGGUUUGUUGUGCUACAUGCUAACUACCUAGCUAAAUUAUUAUGACCUGUAGAAUAGAUGUAGUUAAUUAGAGUCAGUGUUAUUUUCAUGUGUAGAGAACAUGGACAUAUUCCUGGAAGGUGUGUUGCAAUAUAUAUUUUUUUUAAUUAAUGAUCAGAUUCGUAGAAUAACUAGUCAGUCAUCUUUUUGAAAAGAGUUAAUAGCCCCCUGUUCUUGACAUUAACAUACACCUGUUGGUCCUGUUUCAGAUCUCAUGCCCUCAUUCAUCCGACAUGGACCCACUAUCCCCAGACGCACCGAGGUCCCUCCGCCAGAGCCUGGCCCAGUGCACUCAUCCUACCCCGUGGGACCCAGCCCUGAGCCUGUGUUGGCCCGCAACAAGAGCUUCCUACGCAACCCUGUGCAGAGGCCACCCCACGAGGCGGCUCGGCGGGAACGCCAUCGGAUGUCAGCCCCUCCGUACCUACCCCGCAGCCUGGGGGACCUACCCCACGAGUACGGAGGCUCCUCGCAGUCCUUCCUCACAGACGUGAGCCCCAUGGGUGAGAACGGGGACGCUGGACGCUACUAUUACCCCCAGCCUCGGGAGCCUUAUUACGACAGCCAGCAGCAGCAGAGACGGCCUCAGCAGCCCAGAGCCCCUGACCGCCUCCAUGACGACUAUAGAUACUAUGAACACAACGAACAUCCAAACUUCCAAAGACUACCACCGCAGCAACACACUCCUCCGGCCCCCAACAGACAACCAGCAGGUGAAACAUAAAGAAGUCUUACUCUAAAGUCAAAAUCCGUUGUCAUAAUAGUCAAUAAGUUGAAACCAAUUUCAUAUUGAUGCGAUAUCUUAUAAGGAAGCCUGAUAAAGCUAUGACUCAGUAAAAAAGGUAGUUUAGUCAGCAAGAACAAAAAUGAUGACGGAGGCUUGGAAUGUCUGUAGAAUGUGAGUUAUAAUGCUAUUUACAUUUACGUCAUUUAGCAGACGCUCUUAUCCAGAGCGACUUACAAAUUGGUGCAUUCACCUUAUAGCCAGUGGGAUAACCACUUUACAAUGUUUUUUUUUUUUUUUUUUGGGGGGGGGGGGGGGCGUAGAAGGAUUACUUUAUCCUAUCCCAGGUAUUCCUUAAAGAGGUGGGGUUUCAAAUGUCUCCGGAAGGUGAUGAGUGACUCCGCUGUCCUGGCGUCGUGAGGGAGCUUGUUCCACCAUUGGGGUGCCAGAGCAGCGAACAGUUUUGACUGGGCUGAGCGGGAACUGUGCUUCAGCAGAGGUAGGGGGGCCAGCAGGCCAGAGGUAGGGGGGCCAGCAGGCCAGAGGUAGGGGGGCCAGCAGGCCAGAGGUGGAUGAACGUAGUGCCCUCGUUUGGGUGUAGGGUCUGAUACUGGUGAGGCUCUACACCUGGGCUUUGUGGACCCUACGGGCCUUGGUUAAAAGUAGUGGGCUACAGAGGGAAUAGUGUGCCAGUAGGAACGUAGCCUUGCUUAAGGGGAUACGGUGAGUAGGCUAUAUAUUCUAGGGUUCAUUCCUGGACUGCCACUCCUCAGUAUGACCAUGGAGCUAUAGUGUAACUAGUGAACACAGCUUAGGAACAGGUGUUAAAAUAAGUCUUUGUUGCUACCGUGUGUCCGGGUGCUCAACUAGCAGAUCCUUUUUUUGGACAGAGCCUUAAACGAAAGGGGUGGUGCCGGUUCAGUAAACCUCAUUGUUUUGUAUCUUCAAAUAUAGUCUCGCUACAAACUAGUAAUUUGCAGACGGAGUGGGAUCGCCCCAAGUCACAUGACUAAACCCCAGACUGGUGCAUGUCAUAUGUUGUCUUCUCUGUGUUAAACACAUUACACACACGCUACUUCAAUACAUUUACAUUUACAUUUACGUCAUUUAGCAGACGCUCUUAUCCAGAGCGACUUACAGUUAGUGAAUAUUUUUUAUUUUUAUUUAUUUUAAACCCACAACCCUGGUAUUGCAAACGCCAUGCUCUAUCAACUGAGCUACACCCCUGCCGGCCAUUCCCUCCCCUACCCUGGACGACGCUGGGCCAAUUGUGCGCCGCCCAUGAGUCUCCCGGUCGCGGCCGGCUGCGACAGAGCCUGGAUUCGAACCAGGAUCUCUAGUGGCACAGUUAGCACUGCGAUGCAGUGCCUUAGACCACUGCGCCACUCAGGAAGUACAAUAGACUCUAGAAUGUGAGUCUUGAUGCAAAGUCCCACUGUCUGGUGCAUCAGGUGGGACGCUGGGGAUAAAGGUCCACAUGAACGGAAUUAUACUGACACUCAGAUCUUUCACUUUACAGUGUAUGCCAAACAAAAUCCAUUUGAUUUUCAAAUUGAACAAGCCGUACAACUCUAUGCACAAUGACCGCUUUGAACAAUUCACUCAUAACAUUUUACAAAAAACACAUUUACUUGGAAGAACAGUGCAGAUGCAAAGUUUGGUAACAGAAUGACGGCACCAACGGCACAAACCGUCAUUCUGUUACCAAACGUGUUUUAUAUAUAUAUAUUUUUUUAAGGAGGAGGGCGGGGAGGGAAGAGAGGAGGAAGAGGAGUGUAUAUUUGUGUGGUACGCAGGCACUCACCAGCUGGCUAGGCGCACCAGUCCUAUUGCUGUCCCUCACUGUCCCUCACUUUCAUGCAGAAUCUAUCAGAUUCCAGCUGCCAUUGUGAUGAAAUUGUCUUGCUCAUGUUGUGUUUUCUAUAUGCCCAGGACAGGGGACUUUACUGUUAUAAUUUGAGCUGUAAAAGUGAAUUUGAUAUCAGCCCAACUGAUUACUCCUUUGCUGAAUCUAGGCCUAACUCUUUAAACCAUGACUAUAUGGGCUCUGAUACCACAUCUGCAGCUCCGACACGGAGCCUGUUGAGUGAGCCCAGCUUGCUGCUUCCUCCUGCUGCUUCCUCCUGCUGCUUCCUGCUGCUUCUUCCUGCUGCUUCCUGCUGCUUCCUCCUGCUACUUCCUCCUGCUGUUUCCUGCUUCUUCCUGCUGCUGACUGAGUGAGGCUGGGUGUGAGGGGUUGGUUUUCCCCGUUCAUGGAUUGAAAAGGAAAGAACUGGAACACUAUAUAUACAAAAGUAUGUGGACACCCCUUCAAAUGAGUGGAUUAGGAUAUUUCAGCCAUACCCGUUGCUGACAAGUGUAGAAAAUCUGGCACACCGCCAUGCAAUCUCCAUAGACAAACAUUGGCAGUAGAAUGGCCUUACUGAAGAGCCCAGUGACUUACAACGUGGCACCGUCAUAGGAUGCCACCUUUCCAACAAGUCAGUUCGUAAAAUUUCUGCCCUGCUAGAGCUGCCCCGGUCAACUGUAAGUGCUGUUAUUGUGAAGUGGAAACGUCUAGGAACAACAAUGGCUCAGCCGUGAAGUGGUAGGCCACACAAUCUCACAGAACGGGACCGCCGAGUGCUGAAGCGUGUAAAAAUCGUCUGCCCUCGGUUGCAACACUCACUACAGAGUUCCAAACUUGACUCUGGAAGCAACGUCAGCACAAGAACUGUUCGUCGGGAGCUUCAUGAAAUGGGUUUCCAUGGCCGAGCAGCCGCACACAAGCCUAAGAUCACCAUGGCCAAUGCCAAGCAUCGGCUGGAGUGGUGUAAAGCUCGCCGCCAUUGGACUCUGGAGCAGUGGAAACGCGUUCUCUGGAGUGAUGAAUCAUCCUUCACCAUCUGGCAGUCCGACAGACGAAUCUGUGUUUGGCGGAUGGCAGGAGAACGCUACCUGCCCCAAUGCAUAGUGCCAACUGUAAAGUUUGGUGGAGGAGGAAUAAUGGUCUGGGGCUGUUUUUCAUGGUUAGGGCAAGGACCCUUAGUUCCAGUGACGGGAAAUCUUAAUGUUACAGCAUACAAUGACAUUCUAGAUGAUUCUGUGCUUCCAACUUUGUGGCAACAGUUGGGGAAGGCCCUUUCCUGUUUCAGCAUGACAAUGCCCCGUGCACAAAGCGAGGUCCAUACAGAAAUGGUUUGUCGAGAUCAGUGUGGAAGAACUUGACUGGCCUGAACAGAGCCCUGACCUCAACCCCAUCGAACACCUUUGGGAUGAAAUGGAACACUGACUGCGAGCCAGGUGUCCACAUAUCUUUCGUAAUGUAUAAGUACUAUGGUGGAGGAAACUCCCUCUGGCCCAGGGGUGGGAAAACACGGCUCUGGACCAGGGGUGGGAAAACACGGCUCUUGCCUAUGCUUACAACAAUCCAAUGCUUUUUAUUGUGUGGAGAGGAGUGCACACUUCAGGAGAAAGGACAGAUGAGAUGUAAGCUCUGUUUGAAUUUGAGCUCAGAUCUCUGCCUUCCUGUCCAAUGAAUAGAUUUACUCUCCCAUUUCCUACCAUCAAGAGAGGUGGAUCACAAUCAGAAUGUGAGUGUGUGUCAGAGAGGGAGUAGGAAAUCUAGGACCGUAUUGUUAAAAAAGUAUCAGCAGCAACGCAGUGUUUCAGUGUUUGUACAGUUGAUGUGUCAGAAUGUUUUUUUUUUUUUAAUACAGUGAGGGGAAAAAAGUAUUUGAUCCCCUGCCGAUUUUGUACGUUUGCCCACUGACAAAGACAUGAUCAGUCUAUAAUUUUUAAUGGUAGGUUUAUUUGAACAGUGAGAGACAGAAUAACAACAACAAAAUCCAGAAAAACACAUGUCAAAAAUGUUAUAAAUUGAUUUGCAUUUUAAUGAAGGAAAUAAGUAUUUGACCCCCUCUCAAUCAGAAAGAUUUCUGGCUCCCAGGUGUCUUUUAUACAGGUAACAAGCUGAGAUUAGGAGCACUCCCUUUAAGAGUGUGCUCCUAAUCUCAGUUUGUUACCUGUAUAAAAGACACCAGUCCACAGAAGCAAUCAAUCAAUCAGAUUCCAAACUCUCCACCAUGGCCAAGACCAAAGAGCUCUCCAAGGAUGUCAGGGACAAGAUUGUAGACCUACACAAGGCUGGAAUGGGCUACAACACCAUCGCCAAGCAGCUUGGUAAGGUGGUGACAACAGUUGGUGCGAUUAUUUGCAAGUGGAAGAAACACAAAAGAACUGUCAAUCUCCCUCGGCCUGGGGCUCCAUGCAAGAUCUCACCUCGUGGAGUUACAAUGAUCAUGAGAACGGUGAAGAAUCAGCUCAGAACUACACGGGAGGAUCUUGUCAAUGAUCUCAAGGCAGCUGGGACCAUAGUCACCAAGAAAACAAUUGGUAACACACUACGCCGUGAAGGACUGAAAUCCUGCAGCGCCCGCAAGGUCCCACUGCUCAAGAAAGCACAUAUACAGGCCCGUCUGAAGUUUGCCAAUGAACAUCUGAAUGAUUCAGAGGAGAACUGGGUGAAAGUGUUGUGGUCAGAUGAGACCAAAAUCGAGCUCUUUGGCAUCAACUCAACUCGCCGUGUUUGGAAGAGGAGGAAUGCUGCCUAUGACCCCAAGAACACCAUCCCCACCGACAAACAUGGAGGUGGAAACAUUAUGCUUUGAGGUGUUUUUCUGCUAAGGGGAGACGACAACUUCACCGCAUCAAAGGGACGAUGGACGGGGCCAUGUACCGUCAAAUCUUGGGUGAGAACCUCCUUCCCUCAGCCAGGGCAUUGAAAAUGGGUCGUGGAUGGGUAUUCCAGCAUGACAAUGACCCAAAACACAUGGCCAAUGCAACAAAGGAGUGGCUCAAGAAGAAGCACAUUAAGGUCCUGGAGUGGCCUAGCCAGUCUCCAGACCUUAAUCCCAUAGAAAAUCUGUGGAGGGAGCUGAAGGUUCAAGUUACCAAACGUCAGCCUCGAAACCUUAAUGACUUGGAGAAGAUCAGCAAAGAGGAGUGGAACAAAAUCCCUCCUGAGAUGUGUGCAAACCUGGUGGCCAACUACAAGAAACGUCUGACCUCUGUGAUUGCCAACAAGGGUUUUGCCACAAAGUACUAAGUAAUGUUUUGCAGAGGGGUCAAAUACUUAUUUCCCUCAUUAAAAUGCAAAUCAAUUUAUAACAUUUUUGACAUGUGUUUUUCUGGAUUUUUUUGUUGUUAUUCUGUCUCUCACUGUUAAAAUAAACCUACCAUUAAAAUUAUAGACUGAUCAUGUCUUUGUCAGUGGGCAAACGUACAAAAUCAGCAGGGGAUCAAAUACUUUUUUCCCUCACUGUAGUAGUGGACAUUGUUCCUCCUCUAUAAAUGGAUACUGUCCCCAGAGGACAUGAUUCCUCCUCUAUAAAUGGAUACUGUCCCCAGAGGACAUGGUUCCUCUAUAAAUAUAUACUGUCCCCAGAGGACAUGAUUCCUCCUCUAUAAAUAUAUACUGUCCCCAGAGGACAUGAUUCCUCCUCUAUAAAUAUAUACUGUCCCCGGAGGACAUGAUUCCUCCUCUAUAAAUGGAUACUGUCCCCAGAGGAAAUGAUUCCUCCUCUAUAAAUGGAUACUGUCCCCAGAGGACAGGAUUCCUCCUCUAUAAAUAUAUACUGUCCCCAGAGGACAUGAUUCCUCCUCUAUAAAUAUAUACUGUCCCCAGAGGACAUGAUUCCUCCUCUAUAAAUGGAUACUGUCCCCAGAGGACAUGGUUCCUCUAUAAAUAUAUACUGUCCCCAGAGGACAUGAUUCCUCCUCUAUAAAUAUAUACUGUCCCCAGAGGACAUGAUUCCUCCUCUAUAAAUAUAUACUGUCCCCGGAGGACAUGAUUCCUCCUCUAUAAAUGGAUACUGUCCCCAGAGGAAAUGAUUCCUCCUCUAUAAAUGGAUACUGUCCCCAGAGGACAUGAUUCCUCCUCUAUAAAUAUAUACUGUCCCCGGAGGACAUGGUUCCUCCUCUAUAAAUAUAUACUGUCCCCAGAGGACAUGAUUCCUCCUCUAUAAAUAUAUACUGUCCCCGGAGGACAUGAUUCCUCCUCUAUAAAUGGAUACUGUCCCCGGAGGACAUGAUUCCUCCUCUAUAAAUGGAUACUGUCCCCAGAGGAAAUGAUUCCUCCUCUAUAAAUGGAUACUGUCCCCAGAGGACAGGAUUCCUCCUCUAUAAAUAUAUACUGUCCCCAGAGGACAUGAUUCCUCCUCUAUAAAUAUAUACUGUCCCCAGAGGACAUGAUUCCUCCUCUAUAAAUGGAUACUGUCCCCAGAGGACAUGGUUCCUCUAUAAAUAUAUACUGUCCCCAGAGGACAUGAUUCCUCCUCUAUAAAUAUAUACUGUCCCCAGAGGACAUGAUUCCUCCUCUAUAAAUAUAUACUGUCCCCGGAGGACAUGAUUCCUCCUCUAUAAAUGGAUACUGUCCCCAGAGGAAAUGAUUCCUCCUCUAUAAAUGGAUACUGUCCCCAGAGGACAUGAUUCCUCCUCUAUAAAUAUAUACUGUCCCCGGAGGACAUGGUUCCUCCUCUAUAAAUAUAUACUGUCCCCAGAGGACAUGAUUCCUCCUCUAUAAAUAUAUACUGUCCCCGGAGGACAUGAUUCCUCCUCUAUAAAUGGAUACUGUCCCCGGAGGACAUGAUUCCUCCUCUAUAAAUGGAUACUGUCCCCAGAGGACAUGAUUCCUCCUCUAUAAAUAUAUACUGUCCCCAGAGGACAUGAUGCCUCCUCUAUAAAUGGAUACUGUCCCCAGAGGACAUGGUUCCUCCUCUAUAAAUAUAUACUGUCCCCAGAGGACAUGAUUCCUCCUCUAUAAAUAUAUACUGUCCCCGGAGGACAUGAUUCCUCCUCUAUAAAUGGAUACUGUCCCCGGAGGACAUGAUUCCUCCUCUAUAAAUAUAUACUGUCCCCAGAGGAUAUGAUUCCUCCUCUAUAAAUAUAUACUGUCCCCGGAGGACAUGAUUCCUCCUCUAUAAAUAUAUACUGUCCCCAGAGGACAUGAUUCCUCCUCUAUAAAUAUAUACUGUCCCCAGAGGAUAUGAUUCCUCCUCUAUAAAUAUAUACUGUCCCCGGAGGACAUGAUUCCUCCUCUAUAAAUAUAAAACUGUCCCCAGAGGCCCAUGAUUCCUCCUCUAUAAAUGGAUACUGUCCCCAGAGGACAUGGUUCCUCUAUAAAUAUAUACUGUCCCCAGAGGACAUGAUUCCUCCUCUAUAAAUAUAUACUGUCCCCAGAGGACAUGAUUCCUCCUCUAUAAAUAUAUACUGUCCCCGGAGGACAUGAUUCCUCCUCUAUAAAUGGAUACUGUCCCCAGAGGAAAUGAUUCCUCCUCUAUAAAUGGAUACUGUCCCCAGAGGACAGGAUUCCUCCUCUAUAAAUAUAUACUGUCCCCAGAGGACAUGAUUCCUCCUCUAUAAAUAUAUACUGUCCCCAGAGGACAUGAUUCCUCCUCUAUAAAUGGAUACUGUCCCCAGAGGACAUGGUUCCUCUAUAAAUAUAUACUGUCCCCAGAGGACAUGAUUCCUCCUCUAUAAAUAUAUACUGCCCCCAGAGGACAUGAUUCCUCCUCUAUAAAUAUAUACUGUCCCCGGAGGACAUGAUUCCUCCUCUAUAAAUGGAUACUGUCCCCAGAGGACAUGAUUCCUCCUCUAUACAAUAUAUACUGUCCCGAGGACAUGGUUCCUCCUCUAUAAAUAUAUACUGUCCCCAGAGGACAUGAUUCCUCCUCUAUAAAUAUAUACUGUCCCCGGAGGACAUGAUUCCUCCUCUAUAAAUGGAUACUGUCCCCGGAGGACAUGAUUCCUCCUCUAUAAAUGGAUACUGUCCCCAGAGGACAUGAUUCCUCCUCCUAUAAAUAUAUACUGUCCCCAGAGGACAUGAUGCCUCCUCUAUAAAUGGAUACUGUCCCCAGAGGACAUGGUUCCUCCUCUAUAAAUAUAUACUGUCCCCAGAGGACAUGAUCCUCCUCUAUAAAUAUAUACUGUCCCCGGAGGACUGAUUCCUCCUCUAAAAAUGGAUACUGUCCCCGGAGGACAUGAUUCCUCCCUCUAUAAAUAUAUACUGUCCCCAGAGGAUAUGAUUCCUCCUCUAUAAUAUAUACUGUCCCCGGAGGACAUGAUUCCUCCUCUAUAAAUAUAUACUGUCCCCAGAGGACAUUGAUUCCUCCUCUAUAAAUAUAUACUGUCCCCAGAGGAUAUGAUCCUCCUCUAUAAAUAUAUACUGUCCCCAGAGGACAUGAUUCCUCCUCUAUAAAUAUAUACUGUCCCCAGAGGACAUGAUUCCUCCUCUAUAAAUAUAACUGUCCCCAGAGGACAUGAUUCCUCCUCUAGUAAAUGGAAUGACUGUCUUCCCAGAGGACAUGAUUCCUCCUCUAUAAUAUAUACUGUCCCAGAGGAUAUGUAUCCUCCUCUUAAAUAUAUACUGUCCCCAGAGGACAUGAUUCCUCCUCUAUAAAUAUAUACUGUCCCCAGAGGACAUGAUUGUAUAUAAUAGGCACAGUGUAUAUAAUAUAAAAGAAUAGACUAGAACGGACAGACGCAGACCCUAGAUGAGAGGCUGAAAGCAGCACAGGGUCAGUUACAGGGCAGUGCCCCUGCUGGUAUGGCAUGGUAAUGCUAGUUUGGUUUUACCACAGGAUACAGGACGGUACCAGGGCCUGGCAACAGGUUUUACCACAGGAUACAGGACGGUACCAGGGCCUGGCAACAGGUUUUACCACAGGAUACAGGACGGUACCAGGGCCUGGCAACAGGUUUUACCACAGGAUACAGGACGGUACCAGGGCCUGGCAACAGGUUUUACCACAGGAUACAGGACGGUACCAGGGCCUGGCAACAGGUUUUACCACAGGAUACAGGACGGUACCAGGGCCUGGCAACAGGUUUUACUACAGGAUACAGGACGGUACCAGGGCCUGGCAACAGGUUUUACCACAGGAUACAGGACGGUACCAGGGCCUGGCAACAGGUUUUACCACAGGAUACAGGACGGUACCAGAGCCUGGCAACAGGUUUUACCACAGGAUACAGGACGGUACCAGGGCCUGGCAACAGGUUUUACCACAGGAUACAGGACGGUACCAGAGCCUGGCAACAGGUUUUACCACAGGAUACAGGACGGUACCAGGGCCUGGCAACAGGUUUUACCACAGGAUACAGGACGGUACCAGGGCCUGGCAACAGGUUUUACCACAGGAUACAGGACGGUACCAGGGCCUGGCAACAGGUUUUACCACAGGAUACAGGACGGUACCAGGGCCUGGCAACAGGUUUUACUACAGGAUACCUGAAGCUUUAGGGUGGCACCCUGUUCCCCAUAGGGCUUUAGUCGAAAGUAGUGCACUAUAAUAAUAAUAAUAUGCCAUUUAGCAGACGCUUUUAUCCAAAGCGACUUACAGUCAUGUGUGCAUACAUUUUUACGUAUGGGUGGUCCCGGGGAUCGAACCCACUACCCUGGCGUUACAAGCGCCAUGCUCUACCAAUUGAGCUACAGAGGACCACACUAUGUAGGGAAUAGGGUGCAAUUUGGGAGUCAGCCCAUAUGUUUGGCCAGCCAUCCUCUGAAGGUUUAAGGUAUCUUAACAGUGGUUGUUUUUUUUCUCCUCCUCUCCUCAGGUAUCGGUCGGAUGCAGGCCAAGUCUCUGGGGAACCUGUCCAGUCCGAGCGGUGAGGACAUCCCCCUGCCCCGUGGUUGGACGGUAGACUGGACCAUCCGAGGCAGGAAGUACUACAUCGACCACAACACCAACACCACCCACUGGUCCCACCCCCUGGAGAGAGAGGGUCUGCCCCCUGGCUGGGAGAAGGUGGAGUCGGCUGAGUUUGGGACUUACUACGUGGACCACAUCAACAAGAGGGCGCAGUAUAGACACCCCUGGGCUCCUAGGUGGGAUUUUAGAGACAGACAGGCGGUGUAAGAUGAAGUUAUGCGGUGUAAGAUGAAGUUAGGCGGUGUAAGAUGAAGUUAGGCGGUGUAAGAUGAAGUUAGGCGGUGUAAGAUGAAGUUAGGCGGUGUAAGAUGAAGUUAGGCGGUGUAAGAUGAAGUUAGGCGGUGUAAGAUGAAGUUAGGCGGUGUAAGAUGAAGUUAGGCGGUGUAAGAUGAAGUUAGGCGGUGUAAGAUGAAGUUAGGCGGUGUAAGAUGAAGUUAGGCGGUGUAAGAUGAAGUUACCCUUAGACGCUGAUCUAUGGUCAGUUUGGCAUGUUCGCCACUAAUGGUGAAGGUUAGGAUUGGAGGAGGGGACGCCUGACCUAGAUCUGUACCUAGGGGAAACACUCACGCGCGCGCACACAUCUUGGUAUUGUCUUUUUAUUAAUUUUUUAUUUUUAUGAGAAUCUGUUAAAAACAAUCAUUUUAUUCUGAUAUUUUAACUUGACUCCUAGCCUCUGCCAAUACUAAGCUGAACAAAUAUAUAAACGCAACAUGUGAAGUGUUGGUCCCCAUGCUUCAUGAGCUGAACUAAAAGAUCCCAGAAGUUUUCCAUACGCAAUAAAAGUUUAUUUCUCUCAAAUGUAUGGCCCUGUUAGUGUAUGGCCCUGUUAGUGAGCAUUUCUCCUUUGCCAAGAUAAUCCAUCCACCUGACAGGUGUGGCAUAUCAAGAAGCUGAUUAAACAGCAUGAUCAUUACACAGGUGCACCUUGUGCUGGAGACAAAAGGUCACACACUCUAAAAUGUGCAGUUUUGUCAAACAACACAAUGCCAAAGAUGUCUCAAGUUUUGAGGGGAGCGUGCAAUUGGCAUGCUGACUGCAGGAAUGUCCACCAGAGCUGUUGCCAGAGAAUUGAAUGUUAAUUUCUCUACCAUAAGCCGCCUCCAACGUUGUUUUAGAGAAUUUGGCAGUACGUUCAACUGGCCUCACAACCGCAGACCACGUGUAACCACGCCAGCCCAGGACCUCCACAUCCUGCUUCUUCACCUGCGGGAUCGUCUGAGACCAGCCACCCGGACAGCUGAUGAAACUAUGGGUUUGCCACAUCCAAAGAAUUUCUGCACAAACUGUCAGAAACCGUCUCAGGGAAGCUCAUCUGCGUGCUCGUCAGGGAAGCUCAUCUGCGUGCUCGUCAUCCUCACCAGGGCCUUGACCUGACUGCAGUUCGGCAUCGUAACCGGCAUCAGUGGGUAAAUGCUCCCCUUCGAUGGCCACAAGCACGCUGGAGAAGUGUGUUCUUCACGGAUGAAUCCCGGUUUCAACUGUACCGGGCAGAUGGCUUGGUGUGGGCGAGCGGUUUUCUGAUGUCAACGUUGUGAACAGAGUGCCCCAUGGUGGCGGUGGGGUUAUGGUACGGGCAGGCCUGGGCCACGGACAUGAAACAAAAUAGAUUUUUAUUGAUUGGCAAUUUGAACGCACAGAGAUACCGUGACGAGAUCCUGAGGCCCAUUGUCGUGCCAUUCAUCCGCCACCAUCACCUCAUGUUUCAGCAUGAUAAUGCACGGCCCCAUGUCGCAAGGAUCUGUACACAAUUCCUGGAAGCUGAAAAUGUCCCAGUUCUUCCAUGGCCUUCAUACUCACCAUACACGUCACCCAUUUGAGCUCUGGAUCGACGUGUACGACGGCGUGUUCCGGUUCCCGCCAAUAUCCAGCAACUUCGCACAGCCACUGAAGAGGAGUGGGACAACAUUCCACAGGCCACAAUCAACAGCCCGAUCAACUCUAUGCGGAGAUGUGUCGCGCUGCAUGAGGCAAAUGGUGGUCACACCAGAUACUGACUGGUUUUCUGAUCCACGCCCCUACCUUUUUUUUUUAAAGGUAUAUGUGACCAACCGAUGCAUAACUGUAUUCCCAGUCAUGUGAAAUCCAUAGAUUAGGGCCUAAUUCAUUUAAUGACUGAUUUCCUUAUAUGAACUGUAACUCAGUCAAAUCUUUGAAAUUGCUGCAUGUUGCAUUUUGAUAUUUUUCUUCAGUGUAACGAUCUAACCCACUCUUCCUAUUCCAGUGCUCCUCUCUAUGACCAGCCCCAACCCCCUGCCCACUCUAGUUGUACACACACACACACAAUGGACUUGUAGUCCUUUUUAAAAAGGGAAUACAAUUUUAAAAAAAUAUUUUUUAUUUUGACUUUUCUUCCAUUUCCAGCGUGCCCCGUUAUGACCAGCCCCCUCCCCUGCCCCCUCCGGUUGUAUACCAGCCUCGCCCAGCAGAGAGGAACCAUCCAGUGCUGGUGCCAGCCAACCCAUACCACACUGCAGAGAUCCCAGACUGGCUACAGGUGUAUGCCCGCGCCCCGCUCAAGUGAGUACCUGGCGUACCUGGCGUACCUGGCGUACCUGGCGUACCUCCGUAGACUGGCUCAUAGUUUCAAAGAGGUUUUCAUUGAUGAAACACAAAAGGGAACCGGUACUGGAGACACCUUGCCGUUUUGGAGACGGCGUGGCGUUUCUAGCGAAGAGAUUUGCAAUGGCUAAUUAACGGUAAAUAAGUUAGUUUCACCUCAGCCAAGAUGCUAAGCUAGCCUAGAACCAGCGACCUUUCGGUUACUGGCACAACGCUCUUAACCACUAAGCCACCUCAGCCAAGAUGCUAAGCUAGCCAGCUAAAAUAGUUUACAGAUCUACACUAUUUUUUUUGCUAGCUACACUAGCUCUGCCGUGUCUCCAGAAAUGGCGAGGUGUCUCCAGGUUUGUUUAUAUCUGACCCCUCCUGCUCCAGGUAUGACCACAUCCUGAAAUGGGAUCUGUUCCAGCUGAUGGAUCUGGACACGUACCAGGGCAUGCUGAAACUGCUCUUCAUGAAGGAGCUGGAGCGCAUCGUCAAGUCCUACGAGGCCUACCGCCAGGCCCUGCUCUCUGAGGUGGACCACAGGAAACCGAGGCAGCAGUGGUCCGCCUCAGGCCCAGCAGCAGCCGGGCUAGUACUUCACAGGGAACAUGUGAACUGA